AUGACUACUUUAAACUUACCUCCAAUCUACAAAUCUGCUUCUAACGAUUUACGUUCAGAUACUUUUACCACCCCAACUCCAGAAAUGUUGGAAGCAGUUUUGACUGCUACCAUGGGGGACUCUGUGUAUGCCGAAGAUACUGACACUGUUAGAUUAGAACAGGAGAUUGCUCAACUGGCAGGUAUGGAAUCAGGGUUGUUCUGUGUUUCUGGUACUUUGUCCAAUCAAAUUGCUAUUAGAACUCAUUUGAUGCAACCACCUUACUCCAUCUUGUGUGAUUACAGAGCUCAUGUCUACACCCAUGAAUCUGCUGGUCUAGCUAUCCUAUCACAAGCUAUGGUCUCUCCAGUAUACCCAGCUAAUGGUAAUUACGUCACCGUGGAAGAUUUGAAGAAGAAUUUCAUCCCAGAUGAUGGUGAUGUUCACGGUGCUCCAACUAGAUUGGUUUCUUUAGAAAAUACUUUACAUGGUAUCAUCACUCCAUUAGAAGAAUUGGUCAGAAUCAAGGUUUGGUGUAUGGAAAACAACUUGAAGCUACAUUGUGAUGGUGCUAGAAUCUUAAAUGCUACUGCUGCUACUGGUAUUCCAUUAAAACAAUACGGUGAAAUUUUUGAUUCCAUCUCUAUUUGUUUGUCCAAAUCUUUGGGUGCCCCAAUGGGUUCUAUUUUGGUUGGUGAUUCUAAGUUCAUUAAGAAAUGUACUCAUUUCAGAAAACAACAAGGUGGUGGUGUUAGACAAUGUGGGAUCAUGUCCAAGAUGGCUUUGGUCGCCUUACAUUCGAAUUGGAAAUCCAAAAUGAUAUAUUCACAUUCUUUGGCCCAAGAAAUGUCUGAGUUCUGUAAGAAACAUGAAAUUCCAUUAGAAUCUCCAGCUGACACAAAUUUUGUCUUUAUCGAUUUAUCUGCUGCCAAUAUGGACCCAGAUGUUCUUGUCAAGAAAGGUUUGAAAUACGGUGUUAGAUUGAUGGGUGGUAGAAUCUCAUUCCAUUACCAAGUCUCAAAGGAAACCCUUUUGAACGCUCAAAAAGCCGUGUUGGAAGCUUUCGAAUACGCUAAGCAGCAUCCUUACAAAUCUGACGCCCCAACUGCAGUCUACAGAUCUGCUUCGGUAGAAGGUUUGGAUAUUCAUGGUAAUCAGAUCAAAGAGAUCAAGACUUUCAAGUAUUAA